CGCAUAUUCGAUUUGUAAACUUGUUCUUGAUGUAACCCAAAGCUGAAAGACUCUUUCAACACUUGUCGUACGAUCAUAAAAUCAAUACAAAUUAAGGGUAGUUUGAAAUUAAUUUAAUUGUUAGAUUUUUAAAAUAAUUAGAGAUAGGGAAUGUCACUUUAUUAUUACACAUUGUUCAAAAUCGAACAACAAAUGAGUUUAGCUCAACGGAAAUUAAGUUUAUUAAUAAUAAUAGUGUUCUAGAUUUGAAUUAUCCAACCUACCACUUAUAUUCCUAUACACAAAUGACAGUAGGAUAAUCAUUUUUUCAAAUUUAAGGGGUGUCUCUCACUAUCAAUUUUUUUUUGUCCAUACGUAAAUUACCACUGGGGUUGGAUAAUCGUUUUCCCAAAAUUUUGACACCCCUAAACCUCUCUGGGUCCGCCCCUGACCGAAGUAGUCAUCAUAUAUAUAUGAUUUUAUGUAUAAUAAUAUUGAAUGAACAAUAAAAUAAAAAAAAUUGUAGAGAAGGGAUGGUAUUGCAAAAUUUGACUGCAUGAACAUGAAACGAUUAUGUGUUUUGAUAUUUGAAAAUGAAAAUGGGAUGAUUUAGGAAACCCCAAAUCCUCCCUUUGCGGUCCCUGAUCUAAUAUGAAAAUGGGGAGUAAAAAUACAUGGAAGUAGAAGCCGAGGUUAAUUGUUCCCCUUCCCCGUUCCCACAUCUCUUACCUCAUCACUCUCCUCGACUCUCUACAGUUUUUCCCCCCUCCGCUCUUCACAUUGUUUUCAGUGUGUAUAUCUAGCUUUAUUUUCUCUUCCCAUUUCCCUCUUUCUGCCUUCUUAAUUCUUCACCUGAAAUUUCUACCCUUUCCACCUUAACGCCGACUCCUGUGUGGUCUUGGAUCAUGUCGACCCGCCGACCGGUCACUGCUGCAACAAUGUGAAGCCUUUUUUUUUUUCCUGGAAUCCCAACCAUACAAUAACUUUCUCACAGGUUGGUAUCUUUGUGUACUUCGGUGUAAAUUCCCUUGUAAAUCGUAAUGUGUCGAGUUUGUUUUGCUGUUUCAGUGUUCGGAUUGGAUUAUUCAUGUUAAUUAGAUGAUAAAAGCAAUAUAAUUUCAUGUUUAGGAGCAGCAGGUGGGACAUUGAGAUUUGUGUGUGGGAGCUCUGGUGUAGUAGUUAGUGCAUGGAGGAUGCUAAAACCCCCUGAUAAAACCCUAGAGGCCGAGAACCCAGAUGGUAAAACCAUAAAAAGCUGGAAACUUUGUGGCCAUGGAGUUGUUGGGUCAAGCUACUGGUUCUUGUCCUGAGAAAUGCGGUGCUGUGGAGUCUCAGUCUGAGGCGCUGCCAGAAGGACAUGGUAAAAAAAUAAUUGCGGGAAACGGUGUUUGUGAAGGAGAGAAAUGUGCAAGUGGUGAUUUGACUUCCGUGAUUGUUUCCCAAGUGGUUAAUGGUGGUCAUGCUCUUGAAGUUGAUAAGGUCUCAUCUUUAAGAGAUUGCGCUGAUGGGGAAUUUCGAAGAGAGGAGCAUUCGAGUGGAAGAGUUUUGGCCAAUGACGGAGUGAGUACAGGUAGGAAUGUAAAUGUUUCAGGCGAUGACAUGUCACUGUAUGUGGAGCUUCCUGGUCCUCUUCAUCAAACUGGUUAUUCCGAGGAUAUGGAUUGUGUUGGUUUGACCAAGGAUGGUGCAAGGAAAGAGUUUGAAGAAGAGCCGAUUAAGCGGUUCUGUGUAGGGGAUGUAGUUUGGGUUAGAAUGAAAAACCAGUCUUGGAGGCCAGGAAAGAUUUGUGGUGAUUCUAAUGCAAUGAUUUGUUCUAAAGAAGGUUACCGGAUCAACUGCCAUGUAGUUCAAUAUUUCGGUGCUAGCCAUUUCACCUGGUGCCCACCAUAUAACCUAAGGCAUUUCCAUGACAGUUUUGAUCAACUUGUAGGGGGAAACAAGGGUAGAAACUUCACUGGAGCUGUAGAGAAGGCCAUGGAUGAGUUUAUGAGAUGUUUGAAGUCGGAGAUCAAUUGUUCUUGCAUGGUCAAACAAGGUGGUAGUAGUGACAAGGAAGGCAAAUAUUUACAAGAGUUCAGAUUUGGUAAAUCAGUGACAAAGUUUGAGCCAAUGGAAUUUCUUUCUCGGAUCAAACAACUUGCAGUGGCAGUUAGCAAACCUCCUAUGCUUGAUUUCGCAGUUGCUAAGAUUCAGGUGGAAGCAUUCUCUUGUUUCAGAGGACACUUGCAGUUGCACAUUGAUGAACUGUGGGAGCAGAGUCCAAAGAAGAGAAAUGGUGGCAAGAAUGGGUCAAUGACAACAAAAAUCAACAGCAAUGCUCUAGUUGGAGAUAAAAACUCAACUCCGGUUGAAGGGACAGGUGCCUGUCAUAAGGAAACUUUGGGACAGAAUGACCUGGAAUCAAGAUCAAGGAAAAGAAAACGUAAACAGUUCUUUGAAAUCAACUUCAGAAGAGAAGAUCUAGAUCUUGGUGAAGAUUUGUUGACCACACCUUCAGCAAAGGAGACUGGAAACUUGGGUUCUCCAUUGAAAACGAAUAAUCAGAGCUUUGACUUGAGGGAAAGGAAGAGGAGCAAGUAUUUAUCAUAUCCGUAUGUCAGCCUGGAACUUAAAAACAACAGGCCAGAUGAAAAGGAAAAAUCCAGCGGUCUAGAAAUGGAAGUUCUGGGAGGUGUUUCAAGUGAGGAUGUUGUUGGGCUAAGUGGAGCUUCUUCUAUAUCUUAUGACAAAAGAUUCCGAAACUGGUGGUUCAAGAAUUUCAUCAGUGACACAAGUAUAUCAAGCAACCCGGAGUUUCUGGGAGCAUCGGUCUCAGGUUUGUUGUCUGAGCUGUCUAGCGCUUCUGUAGAUUGUUCAUAUCAAAGCAAGAGCAAGAACUUUGCCCUAGUAGAGUGGUUCUUCUCGAGGUUCAGAAUAUCAGCGUUUCAUGACGAGUCCAUUUAUGAGAGGCAUUGCAAGAACACCAUUUGGGGUAAUGCUGCUGAGAUUCAGACACCCCUUGGUAAGGUUGCUGAAGAGAUUAGUCAGACUUUGCCACCUAAGCAGAAGGUAUGGAAGAACAUGAAUAAAUCUGGAAAUUCAGUUAUUAGUAAUGUCGAAAAUGCUACAAAUGGCACGGCAGCAACCAAUAACUGUGGCAUAGGCAUUCUUCCGUCGUCAGAUAAAGGACCUGUAUACAAUAAUGGAAGGGAGGAGCAAGGAACAUUUGUGGCAAGCCAGAAGAUUGACCAAAUUGCCAACAUACCUGACCUAAACAGCUGCGUGGGUGGUGUACCAAAUUUGUUGUCUUUAAGUCCACAGGCCGUGACAAAGAUACAGGAGAAAGCUACAUUGCCAGUUGUGAAUGAAAAUGUUUCAGAACCUGUAACAUUGUCGGAAUGUUUACACGGUAAAGGACCAUUUUCUACAAAUCAUCUUCCUGUUGAAGGUAAUCUGACAUGUUCCACUUUUAGCAUUUCGGAUACAGACGGUAAGUUAAUAAGUUCCGGGCCAUCCACAAGGGAUCCGCCACUCAUUAGUGGUGAUACUAUCAAAACAGAAGGUAAGCCUGUACCCGAGGAAAGAAAGAGGAAGGAGAACCCAGUCUUGGAACAGGUUAUUUCUGCUGCUACUGGAAUUCCUGAUUUAAAUGGGGGACUUAAUGCUGAAAUUGGGACAUUCACAAAUCUUGGGGUGAAGAGGGGAAGAGGAAGAGGAGGUAAUCCAGGGAGACCAACAAAGAAAUAUGCCCCCAGUGAACAAUUAGUUAAAUACAGCAGGAAAUGGUUUAAUGGAGAACCUCCAAAAGAGCCAGAAUCACAGCCUCUGCAAAACCCUGGUGCCCCACCACAUGUAUUCUUUACAAAGGCUGCUUAUGGUGACAAGUCAUACAGAAGCUUAGAGAAGGGUGAUAAUCCUUUCAGCAGAACCCCUGUGAGUUGCCGGCUUCUUCCUGUUGCAGCUUCACCAACAUCUCCUUCCAAGGGAGAGUUGAACACCACGGAAAUGCCAGCAGCACCUAAAGCGGUGAUAGCACCUCCCAUCGAUGCCAUAAGGCAAAAUCUGGAGAUGAUGACAUCAAUGCUGCAGAAAUCGGGAGAUGGUCUUUCCCCUGAGAUGAGGAGGAAGUUGGAGAGUGAGAUAAACUCACUUAUGAAGAAAGUCAGCUCCAUGUCCAAAUCUUCCUCUUAAACGACAUUGAUGUAGAAAGGCAAUCAAACCGAUUAUGUAUG